AUGCCCUCUCGCCUUUCCAUCCAGCGUCCAUCGCCGACAACGGCUCUCUUCACCGUCUCUAAUGCCUCCGUACGCAGCACAAUCACCUCAAAGCUCCUUUUCGCUGUUGAAGCACUGAUCCGAAUCCUCCUUUUCGCAUUCAUCGUGCUCGUCAACGGAGCUUCCGUCCGCUCUUUCAUAGUUGUGUUUGGCAAUGGGAUCAUACCGUGGGAUGAUAUUUGGUCGAGUAGUAUUGGGACGCUAGCAUGCCACAUUUCGGAUAGGCCGGAUUGGCAUUAUAUUUGCCCAGUGAUUGCCGUGAUUGUUUAUCUCGUUGUUAGAAAAGGACAUACAGAAGAAUCGCUCCUGGUCAUUCGCGGACUUGGUGUCCAAACCUCGACCUCCUCCGCCACCUACUUCUCAACCGCCUCCACUCGAUUUAUCCCUACAACGCAAAUACAAGACAUAGUAAUACAUGAGGCUUUCAAGGGAUUUGAGGUCAAGUUCUAUCUUGCCAUCAUUGUGGAAGGGGAGUCGGACGUUGUUGUGGUAUUUCCUGUUCGUGCUCUUAAAAUAUCAUCCUCCCCAAUGUCCGUCCCUUGA